AUGGCGCGCGGAGGCGGGGGCGGGGAGAGGGGGCAGGGAAGGAGGGGCGAGGAGGGGCGGGAGGGGAGGAGGGGAGGGGCGGGGCGGGGGCCGGGGCGGGGGCCGGGGCGGGCCGCGGAGGCGAGGAAGGGGCCCGGAGGGCGGGCGCGCGGAGGCCGGCUGCCGCCGGGCGGACGAGAACUCCCCCAGCCCAGACGGGGGUCCCGGGAGGCCGGGCCCCGCGCGCCUCUCGCCCCGCUCCCUACCCCACUGUCUGGCCCGCCUCCGGCCCGGGGCGAUCCGGCGCCGCCCUACCCACCAGCUCCACGUCCCAAACCUCUCCUUCCCCUCCCCCCGCCCCCCCUCCGACCUUGCUCGCGGCGGGUCCCCGGGCUGCCAGGCCCUGCUCGGCCUCCCUCCCAUUCCCCACCUGACGACGAGCUGGGGCCUCUCCGACAGUCCCUGCCCUCUGCUCCCCCUUUCCCAGAAGAGCCCCUUCUGUCCGCGGGACUAGAAGGUUGCACAUGUGCCAGCACCUGGGCUCCAGCAGCCCCUCGAGCAGCGGCAACGGACAGCCCCGAGGAGACGGCAGGGGGCGUGGCAGGCAGUGGAGACCGGGGGCAGCCGGGCUCCGUAGCCACGACGACAGCAAAAAACGGUGGACUCCCAGCCUACGAGACCAGGGCGGAAAAGAGUUGACGGAUUUCCCAUCGCCGAAUCGUUCUGCUUCUCGCUUCCUCGCUCACCCCUCUCCUCCCUGCUUCCUCCAGACACAACAACCGUCCUCCCACUACUCCUUCAGCGUGCCAGUCUGCGUUUCAUCCCAGAAUCUUACGUUUGCUGUUCCUUCCCCCCGGAAUGCUGUUCCCUCAGAUGUCUGCAUGGCCCACUCCCUCAUUUUACUUAGGUGUUUUGCUCAAAUGUCACUUACUUCUGGGAAUACGCAGAACGCACAUUGGUACCAGCCCUCCGUACCUCGGAGUGUGACCUCAUUUGGAAACAGGGCCGUUGCAGGUGUAAUCGGCUGAGGUCCCGCUGGACCACGGGCAGCCCCUAAUCCAAUAUAACCAGCGUCCUUCUGAAAGGGGCAACUUGGACACAGACGUGCACACAGGGAGAUGCCACCAAAGAUGAGGUCAGAGGUCGGGCUGGUGUUCUAGAAGCCAAAGAGGCUUGUAAAUCAUCGGAAGCUAAGGAAGAGGGGCCUGGAACAGAUUCUCCACCCACAGCCCACGGAAGGAAUCACCCUGCCGACAGCUUGCUCUGGGACUUCUGGCCUGGAGACUGGUGACACAGCAGGUUCCUGUCCAAAAGCCCCCAGGCCGUGUUAACUACCGCAGUGCCACCUACCGCAGACCGUCACUUACUAACCUGCCGCCCCGGUCCACUUGGGCUGAUAGAACGGAUUACCGCAGAUUGGGGGACGUAGCAAACAUUUAUGACUCCGUUCUGAGGCUGGGAAGGCCAAGGCCAAGGCACUGGCCGAUUCAGUCAGAUUCCGUUUUCUGGUUCGCGGACAACUGUUAUUUCACUGUGUCCUCACGGGGGGGGGGGGGGGGCAAGGGAGCUUUCUGGGGUCUCCGUCACCUUAUGACUCCCCGAAGGGCCCACCUAAUGCCAGACUUUGGGGGUUAGUUUUCCACAUACGAAUGGAGGGGCCCCCAUUACGCUCUUUGAAUUCCUCUGCUUGUUGUCCCUCCCACGACCUAGCCCCCCCGACACCGCUCCCUGCUGGCCCCCUGGCACAGAUAUCAGUGCCUCCCAUGUGGUUGGCACAAUCCACGACUACGGUUCUGCCCUGACACACGCUUUGGAAAUGAGUUUUUCCAGCACGACUCAAGAAUGCGGGAGCCAGGCCCGCAUAGCGUGAAUUUCGCAUUUUGUGCGAUUUUCUUUGCAAGGUAAACAUGGAAAACGGCACCGGCUGGACCGAGGUAUGUGGGAAUCCACAGAACACACAGACGCCCCCCUCACGCGUCCCCCAGAUGCCUCGUGACUGCCGGCCGUGAGCGCACCGCCCCCGCCGCGUGUUCCAGCUGUCCUGUCUCCCGGCCCGCAAGCUGCACCCUCCCCAUGUCCGCUGCUCUUUGGGCCUUGGAGACAAAGGGCCACAUCUCGUAUUGUAUUAAUGUAUUUAAAAUAACAACUUAUGGGGCGCCUGGGUGGCG